AUGGCAGACCUGAAAGGCAAAGGGAUUUGGUAUGACAAUGAUGAUGAGCCAAUUCAGCUAACGGAUGAAGAUGAUUCACAUACGAUCCGUGAUUUUCAGCGCUCAUUGAUAGGGAAAGUUCUGAACCCUAAGAAGCAGAAUGAUCGUAUUACAGCUAACGACCUAGGUAAUGGAAAGUUUCUUUUCACUUUUGAAAGCGAGGAGGAUCUGCAAUACAUACUGCAACAAGGACCUUUUCACUACAACUUCUGCAUGUUUGUUCUUGUUCGUUGGGAACCAAUCAUCCAUGACGAUUAUGCAUGGAUCAUUCCGUUAUGGGUUGAGAUAACGGGAAUCCCCUUACACCUCUGGACGUCAACGAACUUGAAGAAAAUAGGAUCCAAUCUUGGCUACAUUGACGAACAUAAAAUAAAAGAAUCAGAAGGUCGUAUGUCUAUUGAUGUUGAUACUCGGAAGCCACUUGUAUUCCAUAAGAAAAUCUUAUCGCCUGAUGGGGAUGAGGUAUCGAUCCAAAUGAAGUAUGACAAGCUGUUUAAGCACUGCACUUCUUGUGGUUUGCUGAGCCAUGAACUCUCUCAUUGCCCUAAGAAGGAGCAGGGGUCGAGUGUUCAGAUGGAGAGAGCAGAUGUCUUCUCACGGGUACAGAUUCCUAUGGGUGAAUCAGCUCGACAGCCUUUGCUGCGAGACCAAACGACCCGUGAUCAGGUUGUUCGAUAUGAUCAUCAGGAUAGGACGUACCAUCGUAACGUCGAUCCGCAUUCCUCGCAAAGACGCUCAGAGGAGGAAGGUUAUAGUCGUUCAGUAUACGCUCGUAAAGAUGUCUCUUCGGUUUGGUACGUAGGGAAGCAAGGAGGGAAAGAGAGAAGAUACAAACCGGACUCGAGCUGUUAUGGUUCACGUUAUGCCCCUUAUGAUAAGAAUAAAAAUAAAUCAUGGAGGCCCAAGGAUAAAGUGGAGACACAGAGGGAGAUCGUGGUGGGUGAUAGAGAGCCAUAUGCUCCUAAGUCACUCCAGUUGUGCAGUGGGUCUUCUUCAACUAUACCGAUGGAGAUCCCAGCUGAGAUCGAACACCAUAAUACCAGUGGAAAGAAGAUAGAAAGUGUGAUUAUCACUCCCUCACGCCAGCUGAUGGAACAAGACGACAACGUCACUAAACGUAGCAACAUCAAUGCUCGAUCUAUCACUUUCUCUCCUACGGAGGAAGAGCUUCCAUACAACGCUCAAAUGAUAGAGGCUCUCAGUGAGAUGGAGAUUGUUCAAGACAACAAGAAUGAUGAUGGUAAGGAGGCUUUGAUGGAUUGUCAUGUCGAUGAUUUACUUGGACGUGAUCUGAUGGAUUUGGAGGAUGGUGUGAUGCAUUCAGUUCGAGUGGCUGAUACGGUUUCGAUUGAUUUGCCGAGGAAAGAAAGAGCGAGAGGUUCUUCUUCAACAAAGGGUGGGAGAAGGUCUGGGAUCCCUUUGGGUUUACCAAAUAAAAAAGCUGGUUCCUUCGUCGGGGAUCUCCAAAACAUCGACCAAGUUUGUCAAAGGGCUCUGAUCGGUCUACUCAUCAUCACCACAGUUCGAAGGCUUCGAGAUCAAGUUCAACUAAGGCAAGUUAUUCUGGAAGGAUGGAAGUCUGAGGAUCUCCCUCCUGGAGCGAAUAUAAUGGAACAUAUUGCUAGUUGUCGGAAAGCUUUGAGCCAAUGGAGACAAAACAAUGUGAACACAGAAAAGUUAGUGGAGGAGCUUAAGGAAAAGGUAGAGGGUCUUUAUGCGAAUGAUGAUGCUACUUCUGAGGAGAUAUCAGAAGCUCUAAAGGAACUAUCUACUGCUCUUAAGGCAGAGGAGUUGUUUUGGAGACAGAAAAGUAGGGUCUUAUGGUUAAGGGAAGACGACAGGAACUCAAAAUACUUUCAUGCCCUAGUAAAGCAAAGGAGAGCACGUAAUAGGAUAAGUCAGCUCCUCGAUGAAAAUGGAAAUGUGGUGGAGGAUGAGGAGGGAUUAGUAGCCAUUGCUACUAGCUACUUUGGGAAAAUAUUUGAGUCUUCUAACCCAUAG